GGAGAGAGCGGCAAAAGCACAUUCAUCAAGCAGAUGAGAAUCAUCCAUGGAUCAGGUUAUUCCGAUGAAGACAAAAGAGGAUUCACAAAACUGGUGUAUCAGAACAUAUUUACAGCGAUGCAGGCUAUGAUCAGAGCCAUGGACACACUCAAAAUCCCAUACAAGUAUGAACACAAUAAGGCCCAUGCACAGUUAGUUCGAGAAGUUGAUGUGGAGAAGGUGUCCGCUUUUGAGAAUCCAUACGUAGAUGCAAUAAAGAGUUUAUGGAAUGAUCCUGGAAUCCAAGAGUGUUAUGAUAGAAGACGGGAAUAUCAGUUAUCUGACUCAACCAAAUACUAUCUUAACGACUUGGACCGUGUAGCAGAUCCUGCCUAUUUGCCUACUCAACAAGAUGUCCUUAGAGUUCGUGUCCCCACCACAGGGAUCAUUGAAUACCCCUUUGACUUACAAAGCGUCAUUUUCAGAAUGGUGGAUGUUGGGGGCCAGAGAUCAGAAAGAAGAAAAUGGAUACACUGCUUUGAAAAUGUCACCUCUAUUAUGUUCCUAGUAGCCCUUAGUGAAUACGAUCAAGUUCUUGUGGAGUCAGACAAUGAGAACCGAAUGGAGGAAAGCAAAGCACUGUUUAGGACAAUUAUCACAUAUCCCUGGUUCCAGAACUCUUCAGUUAUUCUGUUCCUAAACAAGAAAGAUCUUCUAGAGGAGAAAAUUAUGUAUUCUCAUCUAGUUGACUAUUUCCCAGAAUAUGAUGGACCCCAGCGAGAUGCGCAAGCAGCACGAGAAUUCAUCUUGAAGAUGUUCGUAGAUCUGAACCCAGACAGUGACAAAAUUAUCUACUCCCACUUCACAUGCGCCACAGACACCGAAAACAUCCGUUUUGUCUUUGCUGCCGUCAAGGACACCAUCCUACAGUUAAAUCUGAAGGAGUACAACCUGGUCUAGAUGUGCCUCAUAGACGUGUCUAGACAUGCCUCUUUCCCUUUCCUUUCUAAACCUUGAGGCCAAUUGAUGAAUACAAAGAGGGACUGUAUUAUCUGUGAAAAACAAUUUGCAUAAUACUAAUUUAUUGCUGUCCUGGACUCUGUGCAAGUGUCCGCAGAGUUUGUAGUAAAUAUUAUGAUUUUAUUUAAACUAUGAGGAGGAAAAACAAAAGACGCUGAAGUACAUUUCCAGCACAUUUCCUCUCUCUUUUUUUUAGGCAAAACCUUGUGACGCAAUGUAUUUUAAAUUCUCAAUAAUGCACUCACAAAGGAUAGGGGUUUGGGUUUUUUCUUUUUUUAUUUUAUUUUAUUUUUUUGAUAAUGAGUAUAAAGAGUUUAUUCCCUCCCUUUCCUUGCCUGUUUCUCUCUCUCUCUUGAUUUUUCUGAGGUUACAAUGGCCUUCUUUCCCCAGUUGUAUUCCUCAGUAUUUUUUUUCUUGAGUGAUACAGACAGAAAAAAUGUCAUUCGACUUAAGCCAUCAUUCAUGAACCUAAUUUAACAGUAUGUACUUUUUUCUGAAGGAUCAGAAGUAUUACUACUGUGGUUUUUAAACUAUUGACCUGGGUAUAAAAUCCAUAUGGUUUUUGAUACUGUCUUUUCUCACUUUGGGCCUGAAUAAUCUUCAAAUGGUAAAGUGUCAUUUCUUUGGGAUUUUACCUUCAGCCAUACCCUGGUGAUUCAGAGAAAUGCACAGAAGACAGUAAUGUAAUUGCAAAGACAAAAAAAAAAAGUGACCCUCCUGUUGACUUGCUGUGUGCCAUUUUUCUUUUUGACUUUUUAAAAAAUUGCAGAUGCCAAACAAAUAUGCCAACAGACACUACAUUCCCCAGUGAUUGUAGCCUGGAACCUUGUUAGUUAGGGUGGUUGUUUUUCUUUUUCUUUUCCCUUCUGAUUUCAAUCUUUCUUCCUUUUUUUUUUUUUUUUUUUUGGUUUUGAGUGUGUUUGUUUCACACUUUUAAGAUACUUUCUUUUGGGAAAUAAAAAUUGUGUUGCCAAAGCUGGCUUUUUUAUAAAAAAAAAUAAAAUAAAAAUAGAAAUUCUGAUAUCAUAAAAUAUAAAAUGUGACCAAGAUUGAAAAGCUAAAAUGAACUGGUUGAAAAAGAACCAGCUAAGACAACCGCCACACAUCAAAUAACUGUAGAUUCAGCUCUCAUGGUCCACCAUUUUCUUUGCCCUUAUGGAAGUUUUCCAUUUUUGACACCUAGAACAGCGCUGUUUGAGCUUGCUGUGAGGUGCACCAUGAACUCUGCCUAUGUUCUCCUUACUUGAAUACAGUCUUACUCUGCUCAGUUACUCCCUGUAAGGUAGAGUCAGGCAGCUGAGAACAUAUGUUUAUAGUAUUAUAAUGGCACCUUUUAGUUGUAAGAUUGGAAGUCACUGACUACUUAUCCAAUUCAGAAAUCUUUAUUUAAGUGGUGACUAGUUCCAAGGAUUUACGGAAGAUGAAUGGGUUUAACUCUAAAGUAGCCUCUCAGUGUUCUAUAGAAGAAUUAUUUAUGUAAUUGAACCUGUUAAGAAGGAACGUUGGAACUCCAAAUGUGCAAUUUUUUUUUAAAAACAAAAGGAAAAAGAAAUCACAUAUAUCAAUAAGCCUCUAUGAAGCAGCUUGACUUGAAAUGUGAUUUAAAAUGAUAAAUCAUGAGUCUAGUAAAGUUUCCAGAAAGUCAAAAGCCAGCCGUGAUGCUGGUCUGAUUUGCUGGGAUACCAUUAGGAUCUAGGAUACACAUACCUGGAAAUCACUGUUUGGGGCAUCAGAGAGGAGAGGGGAAAAAUUAAUGAUGUAUUAGUUGAGUACCAAAGUUAAUAGAUCUUAAUGGAAUGUUUUCAUUCUUAACUCUCCCAACCCCAAGAGACAAAGGUUACUUAUUUUUUGCUCCCUCAAAAAACAUCUGUAAUUUAAAACAAAAACUGUUUGUAGGUAUAGUGCAAUUAUGAAUGCUAUAAUCAUUGUACAUACAUACAUCUCUAUAUAUAUGGCAGCAUCCAUACUGGCUUUGUAAUCAUUAAUUUUUUUGGCAGAUUGAAUGUGCUAUAUUGAUAUGUAUCUAUAUAAUUGUAUUGUCUGUCUUAUAGCUAAUUCACAUUUUGAAUAAUGUUAUUUUAUUUACUUUUUUAAGAGAGGAGAAUGUAAAGUUGUCAGUUUAUUUCUGACUAGGGAUUUUUUUUUCCAUAUAGAAAACAAAGAAACAAACAAAAAAAAACUUUCUGUCAUUCAGAGCGGUACUAGCAUUGUGCUGUCCAAGAUCAUUUGCACAUUCAUGAGCAGAGGUAUUACCUAUUUUCAAACCCAAAGGCCAUUUCACAGCAAAAUGCCUAAGUUCUAUUGGAGCUAUAACAGACACGAACACCAACUCGGUAGGAUUUUUGCCCAUUGAAUCCAGAUUGAAAGAUUAGCUUUUUUACAAAUCAGAUUCUUAUUUGGCCCAUGCACAGCUUAGCUUAGUGUCACUUCCCAAUGACCUUUAUUAGAAAGGUGGUUUUUAGAAACCCUUGUAAUCUAUUAAGGAAAUUUUUGAAUGACCAUACACCACUGCUUCCUUGAAAAUGUGGUGAUGAAUUUGGUGCAAUUUUAUCGCACACACUAACUCUCUGGAGGCUCGUGGAUACUUUCAGUGGGAAAAAUCCAACCUCAUCACAAGUGUUAGUGGUAAGGACUUGAGAUACUCUAUUUAAUAAAUAAAGCUCUCCUAGAUGUAGACAGUGAUACACAAUCCCAAAGGUCUACAAACAUGAGCAAAGCUUGUUGCAUUGGUCAUUAUUAAGUUAGGAUGGAACUUGCUAUGCACAACUGAGGCUGUGUCUUCGCUGUUAAUCAUAGGGUGCAUGACAAUAUCCCUUCUCUUCACAAGGGAAUAAAUUGAUCACCCUGGUUUCAGUGAUUAAUAUAAACCGAACUGUAUCCACACUAGUUAAUGGAGUUGAAAGGAUCUUCCUUUCUUUUGUUUUAUUUUUGAAGGGGCUUGGGGGGAGGGAGGGGAUUCUUUUCAGUUUUGUAUAAAAAAAAAAGUUUACUUAAGCUCAGUAGUUCUAUUGUGAUUUCAAGAGUCUAAGAGUGUGCCACUGGAAUAUUUCUGUUGAUGCUAUAGGUAAAUGGGGCCUGUGGCAAAUGUUGAGGUGACCAGGGAAUGUUUUAGAAAAAAAAAUACUGUUUUUUUUUCCACAUACCAAGACAAGCCACCAUUUCAUGACUCUCUCAACACAACAUCACAGUGUACCAGUUUACAAAGCAUUUUUCCCCUCUUGAGUGACACAGCAGUUCCCACCCACAGCGAAUUACUCGUUAUUUGCAAAUUGGUGGUUUCUACUAUGCCUUACAGAGCUUAUGUCCAGAAGUUUGUGCCUCAAUCUAGAAACUGAGGGGAAACAUACACACACACACACACACACACACGCACACACAUGCACACGCACAUGCAAACAAACAAAAAAGAAGCCCCACAACUGUUGACUUUUUACUUUACCGUAACAAAGAACUCUUGUUGAAUGUCAUGAAUAGAGUGAAAAUAUUUUUUAAAAUCCUUCUUGGGAACCUGUAUAUUCUAGAUAUUCACUAGCACAAGGAAUCUGUAUUGCAUACAUACAUGUUUUAAGAAAAACCUUAACUUUUUCAUGCCUUUACUGGACAAAUUGGCUGGCACCGUCCUGACAUAUUGAGAAGAUAAUGCAGCUAACGGGCAAUUUACUUUUUAUAACUCAGACGAUCUUGAUUGUCAAGGUGUAUGAACUGUAACUUUAAAAAAAAUCUUACUGCCACAUGAUUGUAAAUUUCAGUUGUUUUAAGUUUGGAAGUGGGGCAGGGAUUUUUAUGCUGGACCUCAGUCAGAACUGACUGCAUGACUUGCAAAAACUUUAAAUGGGGAGAAAGGGCUGAAUUCUAUGAUACUGCUCCCAGCUACUGAUUGCAAAUGACCUUCAAGUUACUUUAUCCUAAUUACUUUCUGUUUUCAAUUCCUCACAAAAAGAAUAAAAAAUUACAAAAAAAUUUUUUAAAAACCCUAGCAUAAUGUUAACACACAUACAAAAUAAAGUCUACCCAAAUACUGUAAUGUAUAUUGCUGCUGUUCUUGAAACUAAGGAUUACCAACCACUUUACUGAUAAUUAACAACCACCAUAAUGAAUAAAACUAAUAAGGUAUAUACAGCAUAUGUUCAAUUGGCUUUCCAAAGAUCUGUCUUUGGUUCGAAUCACAUACAAUUUCUUUAAAAAAAAAAGUUAUAAUAAUGUCUGUCUGUCUAUAUUGUCUGCAUAUGUAGCGAUAAAUAGCUCUGUCCUGGUGA